AUGGCCCAUUAUGGCAAGGCUGCAAUUUACCUCCGUAAGCCAGAAAAGGAGAGGCUUGAGUCCCAGAGCGCGCCCUUUGAUGCCAAGAGUGCUGCAUAUGUGGCUGAUGCUAAGGAGCUGUACGUCAAGUGUACCAUCCUUAAGAAGGAUGGUGGCAAAGUCACUGUUAAAGUCUUGGCUACAGAGGAGGAGAGGACCGUAAAAGAGGAUGAUGUCACACCCAUGAAUCCUCCCAAGUACGACAAAAUUGAGGACAUGGCCAUGAUGACCCAUCUCAAUGAAGCCUCUUUGUUGUAUAACCUCAAAGAGCAUUAUGCAGCAUGGAUGAUCUACACCUACUCCGGGCUGUUCUGUGCCACUGUAAACCCCUACAAGUGGCUCCCAGUGUACGAUCAGGAGGUUGUCAAUGCCUACAGAGGCAAGAAGAGUAUGGAGGCACCACCCCACAUCUUCUCUGUCUCUGAAAAUGCCAUCCAGAACAUGCUUACUGAUCGACAGAAUCAGUCUGUCUUGAUCACUGGAGAAUCCGGUGCUGGAAAGACUGUGAACACCAAGCGUGUCAUCCAGUACUUUGCUACCAUCGCAGUGAGUAGUGACAAGAAGAAGGACCAAGCCCCUGGAAAGAUUCAGGGGUCACUGGAGGACCAGAUUAUUGCUGCCAAUCCCCUGCUGGAGGCCUACGGUAAUGCCAAAACUGUGAGAAAUGACAAUUCAUCUCGUUUCGGUAAAUUCAUCAGAAUCCAUUUCGGUGCAACUGGUAAACUGGCCAGUGCUGACAUUGAGACGUAUCUGCUCGAGAAGUCCCGAGUGACAUUCCAGCUUCCCGAUGAGAGAGGCUAUCACAUCUUCUACCAGAUGAUGACCAACCACAAACCUGAGAUUGUUGAAAUGGCCCUAAUCACCACCAACCCCUACGACUUCCCCAUGUGCAGUCAGGGUCAUAUCACUGUGGCCAGCAUUGAUGACAAAGAGGAGCUGGAUGCUACUGAUGAUGCUAUUGAUAUUUUGGGUUUCAAUGGUGAGGAGAAGAAUGCCAUCUACAAGUUCACUGGUGCUGUGCUUCACCACGGUAACAUGAAAUUCAAGCAGAAGCAGCGUGAGGAGCAGGCUGAGCCUGACGGCAAUGAGGGUGAGUUAAAAAUGUUUCUCUGA